AUGUCAGCACCCCCAGGCGUAAAUGCCCAGCUGCGCCAGAUCGUAUACUACCACCUCGACAACGGCUUCGCUGAAAACGCCCUGUUCUUUGCCGGCCGCCUGCACGCCCUCGACCCCCGCAGCCACGAUGCCGCGCACCUACUUGCCCUGUGCAACCUCCGUCUGGGGAGAUACAAGCAAGCCCUGGACGAUGCGCGGGCCAAGGGCAACCACACCCAGCAUCUAGGAUGCGCCUACGUCUUUGCCCAGGCCUGUCUCGCCCUCGGCCGCUACGAGCAGGGAGCCCAGGCGCUGGAGAAGAUGCGCAGUUCCUGGGCAGGGCGCAACCACUGGAACAAGCAUUCCGAGACCUCACGACGCCAUGUGCCCGACGCCGCCGCCUGCUACUGCAUGCUGGGAAAGCUGUACGCAGCCCACGGCGACUCCAAAAAGGCCAUUGAACACUUUGUCGCCGCGCUCAAGAUCAACUCCUUCAUGUGGGAUGCCUUCACCGGUCUCUGCGAUAUUGGCGCCGUCGUCCGCCCUCACAACAUCUUCAAAAUUACGCCCGACAUGCUCCCUCCCGCCUCCUCAUACAACCUUCAGCCUAGAAUGAAUGGCCGCAGCGCGCAGCCGCCUUCAUACAACGACGUCGAAAACCCCUUUGUCAACGGCCAAAACAUGCACGACGAGCACGCCAUGAUGGGCGAGGCUGGCGGCCCAGUCCAAAUGCGCCCCAUAACAUCAAGAGCCCGUACCAAGACAAACCCCGAGAGUGAUCAGACGGACAUUCCGCGGCCCGUGUACCAGAACGGACAUAAGAGAACCGUAUCUGGCCAUUCUCUGCAACAGCCACAGCCCCACUCACAAGCACCGCAGCAACCUCACUCCCAUUCACAACAGCAAUCGCAACCGUUCGAUCCCACAGCAGCUCCCCCACGGCGCAGUGUACGGCUGCUGAACUCCAUCACUCAGAUUCGGCCUUCAAGUAGCAGACCAGGCGGCACAUCAAGCAGAGACCUCGAGUCGAAAGAGCGGCGCGAGCUACGGAAAGCAAGGGCGGCAGCUCCCAAGCCACGCUCAGGGACAGGCUCGACUGUGGGCAGAGUUGUUAGUGGCAACAGGAAACCGCAUGUCGACAAUUCUGAGCCCUCAAAGCCGGAGAGACCACGGAGCGUGGCGGAGACGACUGUCGCACCGCCCCCAAGAAUGGGUCCGCCCGCAGAUACUUCACGGGACCGAGAUGUCUUGAGCUGGCUCCUGGACCUGCUCCUCAAGAUAGCUUCUGGAUACAGGCAUCUGAGUCGCUAUGAUGCAUCAAAGGCACUUGAGGCAUUUGGACUCGUGCCCAAGUCACAGCGGGAAACACCUUGGGUCCUGGCGCAGAUCGGCAAGGCCCACUAUGAGCGCACCCAUUACACAGACGCAGCCAGCACGUUUCGAAAGAUACGAGAACUGGCACCUGCUUCCUCAGAGCAUAUGGAAGUAUAUUCCAAUACGCUCUGGCAGCUCAGGGACGAGGUGGCCUUGGGUCAUCUUGCACACACGCUGAUGGAUCAAGAUCGUCUCUCUCCACAAGCUUGGUGUGCACUGGGUAAUGCAAGCUCUAUAAACGGGCAGCAUGACGAAGCCGUCAAAUGCUUCGCUCGAGCUACCCAGUUGGAUCCAAAGUUCGCCUAUGCUUUCACCCUCCAAGGUCAUGAGCAUGUCGCAAAUGAGGAGUUUGAUAAAGCCAUGGCGGCUUAUCGCAACGCCAUCAGUGCCGAUAACAGGCACUACAACGGUUGGUACGGUCUUGGAAACGUCUACGAGCGUCUGGGCAAGUACGAAGUGGCUGAGAAGCACUAUCGGGCAGCGGCGGAGAUCAACCAGAACAACGCCAUGCUCCUUGUUCGGAUAGGCUUGGUUCUGGACCGCAUGAAGAAGACUGAGCCCGCAUUGCUGCAGUUCGAAAACGCGAUCAAGAUCGAACCACGCUCCGUUAUGGCACGCUUCCGCAAAUCGCAAGUCCUGCUGAAGUUGAACGCGCCGCAAGAGGCCCUACACGAGCUUCUCUACCUGAAAGACGCUGCUCCAGACGACCCCAACAUACAUUUUCUGCUAGGUAGGUGUUACAAGAAGUUGCGAGACCGCGCGAGCGCCAUCCGCCACCUCACGAUAGCCAUGAAUCUGGACCCGAAGAGCCACGGCGUCAUCAAGGAAGUCAUGGAAAGUAUCGAUCAAGAAGACGAUGGCGCGUGGAGCAGCGAAGACGAACAUUAA